AUGGUAAAGAGAACCACAUCCGAGGAAGUGUCCGGGCAUGUUGCUAAGAAGCCCGUUACCUCCCUUGCCGACCUUGAAUCCGAGGACGGUAGCGAAUCGCAGGAGGAGUUGGAAGACAUCAUCGACCCACAGACCCAAUCCGAGAAUGACGAAGAAGAUGCCGCUGACGUAGAGGCCCCUGUCAAGAAGAAGAGACCCACCAGAAAGCAGUUAGCCGCCCAGGAUAUCCAGGCAGCACGUGAAACCGCCGAGCUUUUCAAGUCCAAUAUCUUCAAGCUUCAGAUCGACGAGCUUCUCAAGGAAGUCAAGCUCAAGGAAUCCAGCGUGGUACUCAUUGAGAAGGCGUUACACCGCUUAUACGACCUUAUCCAGCAGAUCCCCGAGGUCUCCGACUUGUCUCUCGAUGCCGCCACCGGCAUGUUCGAUUCUAAGAAGCUCACUGUGCCGUUUGCCGACCCUAAGCCAGCAGGGAAGCCUAACUACCGCUUCGGAUAUGCUCCACCGCUGGAUGUGUCACUUGUGGGUUCCUUUGGGUUGAAAACCGCUAUCAAGACCAAGAAGGCUGCCUCUAUUGACGUUGCGCUUACCAUGCCCGAAUCGCUUUUCCAAGCCAAGGACUAUCUCAACUACCGUGGGUUGUACAAACGCUCUUUCUACGUGGCCUAUGUGGCCCAGCACUUGAUUCGCUUAUCUCGCACCCACAACUUCCCCAUCAAGGUGUCCUACGCCUACCACAACGACGACCUGUUGAACGUGGGGCUCUUGAUUGAGUCUAUCAACACCGCAAACGCCGACGACUUGGUCUUUCACAAGACUCACUUGACGAUUCAGGUUCUCGUGGCCUUCCCAGAAGGCGUUUUCGACGGUAAGAAGCUCAUGCCGGACCGCAACUGUGUUAGAAUCCAGGUGCCAUCCACUGAUGAUACCCCAGCCGACCUUCCGGCCACCCCAUUGUACAACGCCUCCAUUCUCACAUCCACCUACUAUGCCCACUACCUCAAGUUUCUCUACAAGAACAAGAAACAGACCGACCAGUUCAAGGACGCCGCCAUGCUCGCACAGAUCUGGCUCAACCAAAGAGGCUUUACUUCCCUGACCUUGGACCUUGGCUUCGGCUCCUUUGAGUUCAUGAUGUUGAUGGCUGUCCUUUCGCAAGGUGGUGCUGGCGAAGACUCUUCGUCGAAACCAGUCUUGAUGAGAGGCUUCUCUUCUUACCAGCUCUUCAAGGGUGCCAUCAAGUACCUUGCCACCACCGACUUGUGCCAUGGAAACCACUUGUCCUUCACUUCUGGCGCUCAGGGCAACAUCAUGGCCGGCACUGCCUACACCAUUCCUCAGGGUAACGGUACCCCAACUAUGGUUGACACCCACACUAAACUCAAUAUUCUCUGGAAGAUGACCCCUGCGAGUUAUCAGACCCUCCAGAACGCUGCCACUAAGACCUUGACCUUGCUCAACGAAGUCGUGGUUGACCGCUUCGCUGCCGUGUUUUUGGAACGUGUUUCCAUCGACUACCUCAACCACGAUGCCAUUAUAAAGCUUCCGGUUGCUCACAUUGAGACCGACUCCUUCAGUGCGGUCGAAAAGAUCACCCACCUCACCUGGGAAAAGUUCCUCCUCAAUAGGGUGUCCACACUUCUCAGCAAGGCUCUCGGAGACAGAGUACUCGGUAUCUCGGUCACCUUGGACAAGCACCAGGCCGUGUUCCCGCUCACCAAGCGCAAGGGAACCGUUUCCUCCAACAAUCUUGUGAUUGGCUUGAAUCUCAACGGCACCGAAUGCGAUAAGGUCUUGACCAGAGGCCCAGACAGCGAAGAACUCGAGGCUGCCUCGGAAUUUAAGCAGUUCUGGGGCGAAAAGGUGUCAUUGAGACGUUUCAAGGAUGGCUCUAUUCAGCACAGUAUCAUUUGGCUGGGAAAGAAGGAGCCAGUCGUUAUGAAUAUUACGAAGUACGUUUUGGACAGACACUUGCAGGCUGAAAUUUCCGAACAUCUCUCCUCCGACUGGGAAUUAUGGCAGUCGAUGUUGCCGGUUCUGCUUUUAGCUGGUGCAAACUCCUCUGCCACCGCUCUCACCACCAACUUGCAGCCGUUCCACCAGUGUCGCGCUGCCAUGGAACAAUUGGUCAAGGCGGUGUCGGAGAUUCCUGAGACCGCCUCUUCCUCCUUGCCGUUGCGUGUGAGAUCUAUUUUGCCUGCUACCGGUGUCAACGCGAAGUACACCGCCUUGGUGCCGCCGGUGCCGUUUGCCGUUUCCAAUCCCGACUUCUUCCAGGAGUUGAUUCUCCAGUUUGAAACCACUGCGCGCUGGCCGGACGAGCUCGUGGCCUUGGAAAAGACCAAGACCGCGUUCUUGUUGGCAAUCAUGGAUGCCUUGCAUGCCGAGGAGAUGUACAAGUGUUACAUGCACAAGGACUCCACCAUCCCCGCGUUCUCCGAAAUCUACACGUUGUGCAUUUUGACCCCCGAGGGGUACGGAUUCAAGUUGAGAGUGUUGACUGAGCGUGAUGAGGUGUUGUACCUCAGAGCUGUCGCCAAUUCCGAAAAACAGAAGCCAAGACUCCAGGAAUGCUACUUGAAGUUCAACGAGACCUACAUGGCCUCUAUCAAGCACUCGCGCACCUUGACCACGUUGGCCACCCACUACGCAUACUUCCCCGCCGUUGUUCGUUUGUUCAAGAAGUGGUUGGACUCCCAGAUGUUGUUGAGCCACUUCACCGACAGUUUUGUCGAGUUGAUUGCACUCAAACCUUUUGUGGACUGUGCCCCAUUCAACGUCCCGUGCUCCGUGCAGAACGGUCUUUUCCGUAUCUUGCACUUCUUGGCGCAAUGGAACUGGCGUGAGGACCCAUUGAUCUUGGAUUUGAUCAGAAGGGGUUCUGCCGGUGAAGAUGACGUGGAAAACGACGCGGUGCUGAUCAAGUUGUCUGACAAGUUGACGCUUCAGUCUGUGCUGGUGAUCACUGCCAACUUUGCCAAGAUUCGCCAGGCCGACCCUCACGGGUUGAAAACCCAGUUCUUUAUUGGCACCAAGGACGAUCCUUCUGGUAUCCUCUGGUCCCAGAACAUUACCUUGCCGAUUGCUUCCCGUUUGACGGCGUUGGCCCGCGCUGCGGUGCAGUUAAUCUCGGAACAACUGGCACCGCUCGGGAAGGAUGUGUUGAAGAUGCUUUUCACCCCGGCGUACCAGGACUACGACUUUAUAAUCCGUUGUAAGACGUUCAACAUGGCUGUCGGUUCUGGUAUAUCCCCUCCUGGUGCGUUCAAGAACUUGCUUGUGGGUAGCAACAGCUACCCAGAGGACCUUGUUACCAAGUUCGACCCGAUCCAGGAGUACGUCAAGGAGUUGCAGCAAAAGUUUGGCAACCUCGUAGUUUUCUCGAACCACAAGUACACCGGCUUGUCUGAGGACGGCGAGAAUGUUGUUGCUGGGUUGUUUAACCCGAACUUGGCUAAUGGCAAGAAGAGGUUUAAGGUUAAUAUCGGGUUCAAUAUCAAGCCAGUGGAGGGUAAAGACGAAGUUGCUAUGAACAAAAAGGCUAUUUUGAACGAGAUGGUCAGAUUAGGCGGCGACUUGGUCGUGAAAGUGGAAAUGAAGAAAUAAUAUUAGAAGGGGACCCACCCCUGUUGUGCAAUAGUGUAUAUAUAGAUCAUUUGUCAUCGUU